AUGCCCGGGAACAUGAGCAAAGAGCUCACGUUCACCAUCGACCACAUCCUCAAUUUAAAACAGCGCGAGAGGAAACAUGGCUGUGCGGACCCAGGGCACGAGGACGAUCAGAAACUGGACAGCAGUACCAAGGAGAAAGCAAAGACGGAGUGCACUGCCUCGAGUCCCGGGACAGAGAGGCCCCAGGGCCAGCGGGCCUCAAUGGAACCCAAAGCUCCGGUGAAAAAGAAGACGCGCACCAUCUUCUCCAAGCGGCAGAUCUUUCAGCUGGAGGCCACGUUUGACCUGAAGCGGUACCUGAGCAGCUCGGAGCGCGCGUGCCUUGCGAGCUCCCUUCAGCUCACAGAGACACAGGUCAAAAUAUGGUUCCAAAACCGACGAAACAAACUCAAGAGGCAGAUUUCUUCGGACCUGGAGGACAAGCACGCGCACGCACAGACUGCGUACAAGGAUAGCCGCGCACUUGGCGGCUGCCUGCUACCGGUACCCUUCCCAAUGACUUACCCGGGGCACCACGCUACACCCUACGUGUACUUUACCCACGGAGGAGCGUGCUAUGGGCUCGUGGACACGGAUCUAUAA